AUGCAAGACGAAGAUUAGUAUUUGUAUUCAAUGAAUGACUAUUAAGCCUCGACUGAAGAUAUGAAUACUCCUUAAUAGAACACCUUAACUAUCUUCAAAAAAAAGCUACAGGAUUAAAAUAAUGAGCAAAGAUAAAGCACAGCACCUUCAUCUUUGAAAUCCUUUGACUAUCUAGUUGAGUUUUUUGACUAUUCAGCAUUCUUAACAAUCGAGAUAAACUAAAAUAUUGAGUUGGAAUAGAUUUAAUAGUUCUGCAAAUUGUUGUCUUAUGACAUGAGGAAUAAUUAGCUAUGCUUGAUUAUCAAAAGCUAUAAUCCUAAUUUUACAAAAGCAAUUUAAGAGUAUCAAAGUGAGAAAUGGCAAAAUGGAUUAAUAUUUAGAAGUGUUGAGUUUUUUAAGGGACUAAAUCUAAGCUAAUGCCCAAUUGAAUAGGUGCUCCCGUUCUUAUAGUAUUCUAAAGAGGUUAAAAUCAACAGUUCAAAGAUUAAACUUAAGCCCUUAGAUUAGGUAGUAUAUGAACAGUCAAUUUGUGAGAGAUUAGUAAUCGACUCUUGUAUAGUUGAGGAGUUUAAGAUCAACUAUACAUAGAGAUUUACAUAGCCAUUUUUCAAAGGACUCACAGAUUUGAUAAUUAAGGAUACAAAUUUUACGAAGUUCUCAUUCUUCAAAUGUAUUGAUGCAUCAAGCCUACUUAAUUUAGAAUUUUAUGAUAACGGUGGAUAACCACCAAUAAAUAUCCUAAUGAGAAUAAAAUAGAUAUGCUAUGGCUGUACUUAACUCAGAAAAUUGAAACUAUAUUUUGAGUGUUGUUAAUAAGAAGACAAUGAAAAAACAUAACAGUCUGUGAAUAAAAGAUAUGAUGACUAAUUCUUCAAACUUUUAACUUGGAUUGUGAAUAGAAUAAAAAAUCUCCCACAGUUUGAGAUUAAGCUUGGAGGCCUUACUGAUAUACCCUUAAGUAAAGUAGUUCGGCUUGGCCUAUUUAUAAGAAACAAAAGUAUUGAUCUCUAUGUUAAUAGUAUGAUAAUUGAUACAAAAAUUAAUGGGUUCAUUAGUUUUAAUGAGACUUUAGUUCAGAAAGAUUAUCCAAUUGACAGCAAAGAAUUAAUUAGUAAUCAAGUAUAGUAAUAGUAAUUGAAGUAUGUAGAAUUCAGAAAUGAAAGAUGGGGGUAAAUAGUAAGACUUUUUGCCUAUGAAUUCACCUAUCAAAACAUUUAUUUUUGA